UCAAAAACAUGCAGCAGUCUUGAGAAAUAAUCUAGCCUCAUAUUUUAACCUCAGCGUUAGCGGCUAAAUGUAUGCGUAAUGUUUCGGUUGACCUCUAUAAAUGUUACUAUUUUCUCACGUGACACUUUUGUUUGGCGUAAUGAUACACUUUGAACAUUGCAUGACAAAAACAAUGCGACAAUGUUUACAAACGUUGCUUUCUUUAGCUUUUUGACUGUACAAAUGCCACGAAUAGUUUACAAGCGAACAUGGAAUUCAACAAAAUACACUAAAAUAUCUUCUCAGGUGAAGAAACAGAAGUUGGAAAGCGGAAAUGGUGCACCCCUUAGUCCUGAGCAGUUGGAGCGCAUCGCCAAAAACAAGAAGGCGGCUCUGGAGCGGCUUCAGAAUGCUGCUCCGGACGGGAUUGGAGAGAGCUGGAGGAAAGCCCUCAAUGCUGAAUUCGAGAGGAGCUACUUCAAAUCAUUGAUGUCAUUUGUUGGCGAAGAGAGGAAAAAGCACACCGUCUAUCCACCUCCGCAUCAAGUUUUCACCUGGACUCAAACCUGUGAUAUAAAAGAUGUGAAGGUUGUGAUUCUCGGCCAGGAUCCUUAUCAUGGACCUAACCAGGCUCAUGGGCUUUGUUUUAGUGUUCAGAGACCUGUGCCACCUCCACCGAGUUUGCUGAACAUAUUCAAAGAACUGGCUUCAGAUAUCGAAGGCUUUGUGCAGCCUGAUCAUGGAGAUCUCACAGGAUGGGCAAAUCAAGGUGUCCUGCUGCUGAACGCUGUGCUGACGGUUCGAGCACAUCAGGCCAACUCUCACAAGGACAAGGGCUGGGAGACUUUCACAGACGCUGUGGUGCACUGGCUCAGCUCUAACAUGCAGGGUCUUGUUUUCAUUCUCUGGGGCGCUUACGCUCAGAAGAAGGGAGCUGCCAUCAAUAAGAAGCAGCACCAUGUUCUGCAAGCAGUGCAUCCAUCGCCACUGUCUGCUCACCGUGGAUUCUUCGGGUGUAAACAUUUCUCAAAGGCCAAUGAACUGCUGAAGAAGUCAGGAAAGAAGCCCAUUGACUGGAAAGCUCUGUGAUGUUUUUCCUUCAUGGUUAUACAUGGAAUGCAGUUUGCCCUGUUUCAAACAUAAUUUUUUUUUGUUUUCAUUUCCUGCUGAAACUUUCAUAAGUGCGUUUGUUCCUGUUUGUUUGUUGCUCUUAAGUUAUUUACUAAAGAGUCAAUUAUUUUAAUGUGCAGUUGUUCAUUUUACAUCUACUUUUUGGCAUCUACAUGCCUUCAGCUGUUACUGAUUGCAGUUAUACAUUCAGAACACUACUAACAACAGUAAAUGUUUUCGUGUUUACCACAAUAAACUAUUUUUCUACUGAA